AAAAGUAAAUUAUUAUACUUGGCUGCAUUAUUCCACCUGCGCACUGACCAUGGAGUCUCGCUGUGUUUAGUUCCAGUAAACCGGUCAGAGUGAGACCUCUUUCCUCUCCUCUCUCUGUAUCUCAUAGUAACGGUCACCUGCAGAAACACACCGGCAGUCACGGAGCUUACAGUAACUGACGGACAGACCCACUGUCCGGCCACAAGACACUGACCCCUCGUUCUCUGCUGCUGAUCAUACCCGAUCAAUCGGUAACUGGAUCGAUCGCCUCUGAUGUCUGCUGCGGUGGAUCAGAACCGGCGCGUGGCCUGCCGUGAAUGAUGACAUCACCCUGUGAGAGUCCCGAUCCUCCCCGCACGAGCUGAUCGAUCAUUUAUCAGGUGUUCCCGUGCUCCCAGUCUUGUCCAGAUGCUGCCAGCCUCCAUCCAGAUCACUGGGGAGCUGCUGUCGGCAGCUGAGGUUCAGGACAUCUGUGAGAGUCUGAAGGAGGACAGCGUCCGGCUGCUGUCUGUUCGCGGCUGCCAGGUCUCUGACCGUGACUUCGGACGCAUCUGCCGCAGCGUCGCCGAGUCAUGCUCACUCGCUCAGCUCAACCUCAACCUGGGUGUAGUCUCCAGCAUCAGCCGGACAAGACACCUGGCUGAUGCCCUGAAGACGAACCGAUCCCUGCAGACCCUGUUUCUCCACGGCAGCCCUCUGCUGGAUGACGGCCUGGUGACCCUGAACCCGGCCCUGUCCACCCACCCGGCACUGAUCUGUCUGGAUCUGGGAGACUGCAUGCUUGGAGACGAGGCUCUUAGUCUGAUCUGUGGGAUGCUGCCACCCGAUGGAGCAAAGUCAGGUCUGAGGGAGCUAACUCUGAGUGCUAACCCAGGAAUCAGCUCCAAAGGCUGGACUCGACUCGCCAUCGCUGUGGCUCACAGCUCCCAGCUCCGGGUGCUCAACCUGGACUACAACCUGCUGGGUGAUCAGAUAGCAGGGAUGUUGGCGGUCGCUGUGGCAUCGAGCAGGACCCUGGAAGUGCUGGACCUGGAGGGGACAGGACUCACCAACCAGUCGGCACAGGUAUUCCUGGACAUGGUGGAGAACUACCCGACCAGCCUGCGGGUUCUGGUUCUGGCAGAGAACGACAUCAGUCUGGAGCUGCAGCAGCAGAUCUGUGACCUGCUGUCUGAAGGAGAAGAUGACGAUGACAGGCAGGCCCCACCCCUUCAGCCCGGCUCUGCCUCCAGCAAUGCCCUGCUGCCAAUCAGAGACAAGUACCAGCCAAUCAGGGACAAGUACCACCCCCCCACCUGGCUCCCUCACAGCAACUCCAGCCCCCAGAUGGUCUUGCUGGCAUCAGGUCUAGGUGAGAGCUUAUUGGCUGAGACUGAGAUGUGACCCCUCCCACAAACACACCUACUUCCUGUUAAAUUAUUUUCACUAAAUUUUUUUCUGCUUGAGUUUGAAUGUUCCUGCUUGUUUCCCAGUACUGUACUUCUCUGGGUUGCCAGGUCAUCUGGCUGCUAGCAGCAUGGUCUGCAGCACCUGUACAAAGUCCAGAACAGAGUGAGUGGUAGCACAAAACCUUUACACACCAAGUGACUUACAGACAGCGUGUUUCAGUACCACUCUCUGAUGAGGCAGCAUUUGUAAAAAUAUUAUAGGCUGUAAUUAAUGACUUUUUAAAAUGGCGAAUACAGUUUCUAGAUUGCCAGGUUGUGGAAGGCCAAACUCCAGCACGACUCUUUCAGUAGACGGAUCUCUCCACUGGACUAUUUGACCACUGAGUUCCUCAAAACGGCUGGAAACCCAGGUGUUGUUCUUAUUAAUGCCUUUUAACUGGUGUAUAAAGGAACAUUAAAUGAUGCAUUCAUCAUUAAUAAAUCCAUAUAAAAUAACAGCUUAAAAACCCUUUGUAAAUGGAGCCUUAUCCCAUUGGUACCUGUGUUUCUGAUGAAUGUAUCUUCUGCUCAGUUUGUUCUGCUGCUCUGAUGUCCCAAUAUUAAAACUGUUUACAGCUUCUUAAGAAACAACUAUUCUAAUUUGUCUUUUACACUCAGUUAAUCACCCAGCUGGCAUGUUAGACUGAAUAAACAACAUAGACGAGCAAACUGUACCUGUCGCACACUACAGGGUCUGGCACCCAAAUGGCAAUUUGGGCAAAACUCUACCUUACUUACUUUAUCUUUACCACAUUUACAAUUUUAAUUUUGUUAUUUAAUAUUUGACAGCGGUUUUAAUUUCGAUAACCAGGUCAGAGCCAUAGUCAAGAGCAGCUUUUUCCAUUUAAGGCUGUUAGCGAAAGUGAAGUCGUUUCUAUCACGUCCAGAUCUAGAAAAAGCUAUUCGUGCUUUUAUUACGUCGCGCCUGGACUACUGCAACGCCCUGUAUGCUGGUCUGUCUCAAUCCCUGCUCCAGAAGUUGCAACUGGUCCAAAAUGCUGUGGCUUGACUGCUGUCCAACACCCCCAAAUAUGCCCACGUUACCCCGGUUCUCCGCUCACUACACUGGCUACCAGUGCACUUUAAGGUGUUGUUAUUCGUUUUUAAGGCCAUUCGUGGACUCGCUCCGCCAUAACUCUCAGACUUGCUGUCUGUUUAUGCUCUGCGAUCCUCAGGGCACCUGGCCCUGGUGGUCCCACAGUCGUCAUAUAAGAAGUGGGCCGACCGGUCCUUCGCUGUCCACGGCUCCAGACUGUGGAAUUCUCUGUCGCAGGAGCUCCGGAGCAUAAGCGAUUUUUAAAUCAGUUUUAAAAACCCACCUUUUUAAACAGGCUUUUGCGUCUGAUGCUUAAAUGUUCUUUACUAUCCCAUAGAGGC